CACUAGCUCUCCACACCAUCUAAACUGUGAGUAUCUCUGCCCAAAUACAAUGGCUGCCUCUAGUAGAUUCCUUCUAUUUACAGCAUUGCUCUUCUUCCUCUUCGCCUCUCCAUCCCUUCAAGCUUCCUUUAGGCCUAAAGCAUUGGUUCUUCCGGUCUCAAAAGACGCUUCAACUAACCAAUACGUGACCCAGAUCAAGCAAAGAACCCCUUUAGUGCCUGUAAAGUUGACCCUUGAUCUUGGUGGUGAAUUUCUCUGGGUUGAUUGUGAUCGGGGUUAUGUCUCAUCUUCCUACAUGCCUGCUCGUUGCAACUCUGCACAAUGCUCCUUGGCUAGGUCCAAGUCUUGUGGAAGUUGUUUCGAUGGCCCCAAGCCAGGCUGCAACAAUAACACUUGCGGUCUCCUCCCAGCCAACACUGUCACCCGCACUGCCACAAGUGGUGAGGUUGCCCAAGAUGUUGUGUCAGUCCAAUGUACCAAUGGAAAAAAUCCUGGGCAAGUUGUUUCUGUGCCUAAGUUUCUCUUCACUUGUGGAUACGCUUGGUCAAAAUGGCCAUCUAACCCACUGAUAGGGGUGGGGAGGCUUACUGCAAGCUUGGGGAAUAAUUCCAGUCCAGGUCCUCCUAGCAACAAAACUACAUGUGUCAAAUUCAUUUAA